UUCGCACGGGCACUUCCAAAGUUUCUCCAUUCCUAUCUCCUUUCACGUGUCACCUUCCCUCCGUCUUUCCACGUCUCUGCAGAAGCGCAGAGCUUUGCUUUUCCCCCUCUCUCUCUAAACCUUUCUCCCACAUUGGAAGUUAAAUACAAAUUACGGUACCGUUCUAUGAUUCAAUUCCAUUUCCCCCCCCCCGUCUCUCUCUCUCUCUCUCUCUCUCUCUCUAUAUCUAAUCUCCAUCAGUCUCUGAGCUCUGCAACUCUGCAGCUUUCUCUUUAAACAGUUGUUCCAUUUGAGAAACCACAGAAGUUCCAGACUCUACCAUUACUCUCUCUCUCUCUCUCUCUCCGGCCCCACCUUCUUUCUUCUUUUAUAAAUGCAACAAACUGAUCUCCGUCAAUACACAGCAUCGUAAUCUCUUAAUAGCAUAAAAGAAGAAACGCAAACCGUGGAGCCUCAGAGAGAGAGAGAGAGAGAGAGAUGGAAAAUGGUGGGAAUGGAGUCAACAACGGUGGCAGAGGCCAAAUUGGUAAUAGUAGCAAUCUGUCGUGGGGUUUCUGGGAGGUCGGGACAUCUCGGUUCGACUGGUGCAACCCUUUAGCCGAAGACACCGCCGCCGCGGUGACAACCACAACCCCGGCGGCGCAGGCACUGAUGCUGUCCCACGCCCACUACCACCAGGUCGACAAUGCGCAGCCGUAUCAGUACUCGUCUCUGUACACCGGGGUGUCCCAUGUGCACCAUCAGGAUCCUCAGCUCACUUGCUUGAAGCUUGGGAAACGCCAUUACUUCGAAGACGGCACCACCACACCAUUCCAACACCUGGCAGCAUUCCCGAUUGGAAAGAGGGGAAAACCUUAUGGACUCAUCGGUGGUGGUGGUAGUGGGUCUUCGUCGGCGGCGUCGGCGGCGGUGCCAAGGUGCCAGGUGGAGGGCUGCCACACGGCGCUGGUGAACUCCAAGGAUUAUCACCGCCGGCAUAAGGUGUGUGAGAUUCACUCCAAGGCGCCCAAAGUGGUGGUGCUUGGUAUGGAGCAGCGGUUCUGCCAGCAGUGCAGCAGGUUUCAUGUAGUAUCUGAGUUCGACGAUUCAAAGAGGAGUUGCAGGAGGAGACUAGCCGGCCACAACGAGCGGAGGAGAAAGGCCUUCAACGAAUCUAUCUCCAAGAACCUUUCUCGAGAAAGUAAAUCGAUAGGCGGAAGAUUAUCUUGUUUAUCAUCAUCGAAGGGCUGUGCUCUCUCUCUUCUGUCAUCCAGGUCUGGUUCUUGUGUUUCUCCUGCUGAUCUCUCCUUGUUGUCAAGUGCUGCACUUCGUGAGCUGAUUGCAGAGAAUCGUGCAGCCACCUUCUCUAGGCAGCUCUUCUUUGACAGAGACUGGAACCACCACCACACAAUGGAUGAGUUGGGUGGUGCACAGCCAGGACUCCUCCCUCAUCACAUCCCCCACCAACACCAUAUGCUUCCUGAACCACCUGAGUGGGAUGGGUUCCAUGAAUCAGGUGCACACUUGACACUGGACCUUAUGCAGGCUCCUAGUUCACCUUUCGGGUUCUUAUCAGGUAGGAGCAAGACCAAAGAAGAUGAAGAUGAGUGUGGUGAGAUAUGGAAGUCUUUGGAGGGGACUGUCUGAAUGCUGAAUACUGAAUGCUGAAUUGCAACUUAUUUUUUGAAUUUCUUUAGGUCUCAUCUGCUAAAGUGGAGUGGAUUCCCCUCCUGAUCAAGAAUGAGACCUUAAAGUGUUGGAGUCUAGUACUUCACCCUGGAUCAUGAGUGUCAUUCAAUCUUUUAGGUCCAUCUAUUGUAUUUUGUAACUCAUAAAAUUUCAUGUUCUUUAGAAUUUCCAUUCAUUUAUCUUUCAUCUAUGCUAUAGGAAGGAACCAUUUUCCAA